UGCCGCUCAGGAGCAAAAUAAGUCUGCAUGCAGCUAGCCAACAUGCAACAAACAGAAAUUAUUCAGUUGUGUCAGUAGUCUGAAAAAACAAAUCCACCUUAGAAAUAGUUCGUCCAGCCUGAACAUAUUUGGUCUAAUGUUUUUUAAACUAAACGCGGACGAGAAGAAAUAGAACUAAAUACGUUGGCGUGCUACUAUUAGCUGAACAUGCUAGCUAACUAGCAACCGUUAGCUGUGAUGGCAGCACCGACUCCGCAGAUAUCGGCUCCCGUGUUAAGCCAAAAGCAGCGCAGGGCUGUCCAGAGGAAAGAGAGAAGAAAACGGAAACGCCAAGCUCUCGCCCAAGCCAGAGAAUGUGGUUUAAAAAAUGGAAGCAAUACACCUGGAGAAGAAGAAAUAAAUGAUGAAGACGAUGAGGAUAAUGAUAUUGCUGAGGUGGAAAGACUGCGGCUGCAUGAAGAGUGGCUGGAAAAAGAGAGGCUUGCCCAGGAGGAAUUCAGGCUGAAGACUGAGAGGGAGGAAGCUGCACGGAAAAGGAAAGAGGAGGAGGAGCGGAUGAUAAAGGAGGAAUGGGAGGCCCAGCAGAGGAGAGAACAAGAAGAAAAAGAGCAGAAGCAGCAGGAGAAGCGAGGCAGAGAGGAGGCUGUUCAGAAAAUGUUGGAUGAAGCUGAAAAUCAGCUAGAUAAUGGAGCCCUGUGGAUGAAUCCUGAGGCUCCUGUGACGGAGAACUCUGACAACUUUGGCACAGAGCGCGACGUAGCCAACUGUCCGUUCUUCCUUAAGACCGGCGCAUGUCGAUUUGGAGACCGGUGUUCUCGGAAACACGUUUAUCCCACAUCCAGCCCAACUCUGAUGAUCCGUGGUAUGUUUACAACAUUUGGCAUGGAGGAGUCACGGCGCGACGAUUACGACAUUGACGCUUGGUUGGAACACAGCGAGGAGGACCUGCAAGAGUCUUUCCUCGAAUUCUACCAUGAUGUCCUGCCAGAGUUAAAGAGCGUAGGCAAAGUGGUGCAAUUCAAGGUUAGCUGCAAUUAUGAACCACACCUGAGAGGAAAUGUUUACGUUCAGUUUGACAUAGAGGAACAGUGUAAAGAGGCUUUAGUCAAGUUCAAUGGGAGGUGGUACGCAGGGCGGCAGCUUCACUGUGAGUUAUGUCCUGUCACACGAUGGAAGAACGCGAUAUGUGGCUUGUUUGACAGACAGAAGUGCCCAAAAGGGAAGCACUGUAACUUCCUGCAUGUAUUUCGAAACCCUGGCAAUGAAUUCUGGGAGGCAGACAGGGACCUGCACAUGUCACCAGACCGCAGCGGCAGGGGGAGUCGCAGAGACGGGUGGCACUCAGAGCGAUACGGAGACCGAUCGUGGUGGCAGCGUCAAAGGAGUAGAAGCCCACCCAGAUCUGAGAGAUCCCACAGCAGACGAGAGGGUGACAGGCGGAGGAGCAGGAGCAGAGAGAGGAGGGCCUCUUACCAGCACAGAGAGGACAAAUGGUCUUCCAGGUCCAGACACAGUGACAAGAGGAACGAUCGGUAUCCGAGCAGAAGUAGAGACAGGUCGAGGAGCAGAAGUAGAGACAGAGAGCAAGACAGGCUGAGAAACAGAAGUAGAGAUAAAGAAAGGGGGCACAAGUAUAGGCACAGAAGUGAAGAGAGAGACAGUAGAGACAGAGACACAGACACUCGAGGAAAAGCAAGGGAAAGGUCAAGAAGCUCAAGCAGGGAGGGGGAAAGCAGAGAAAGGAGCCCCAUGAAACCGGAUAAAAAUGAGAAAACUAAUGACACCAACAAACGCCACCGCCACAAACAGUCCAAAAAGAGCAAGAAGAAGAGCAAGAAAAAGAAGCGUAAGAAGAAGAGCCAUUUGUCCGAAGGGAUGACCUCAUCUGGAGAGUCAGACGAGGAGAAAGAGUCAAAGGAGGAGACAGCGGAGGAUCUCACUGAAAUGAUUCCCACUCAGGAGAAAAACGAGACAGCGCUAAUUCAGAAAAACGACUUGGAUGAGAGUGAGCGCGUCGACAGCGAGAAGACGUUUAAUCCUGAGGUGAAAAGUGAACUCGACACGGGAGUAGAAAGCGAGCCGGAUGGGAAAGGUGUCACGAGUUCCUCUUAGUGGCUCCUACAUUUGACAAUCUGUGAAUUUGGUCCGGCUUUUCUCCUUGUAACUAUGUGAAUGUAUGAGGAGGAAUGAAUUAAAUAUUUUCAGCAAUGAGCGUCACCACUAUGUACAUAUGUGGAUAUAAAAAGGUUAAUGUCACUUGAACACUUGAUUAACUGGAGCUGCGGCAGUACACGGUUACUGUUGCUGAGUAAAAACAACAUAAAACACAAGUUUUUUUAAUACAUUUAUUGUUAAUAACUUUCAAAUAUAAGAAAAAAAAUGUUGGCAAAUGUGUUGGCAGUGUUUAAUACAAAAGGUGAUUUUUUUCUUGCACAAAUCAAAACUUGUUUAAUAAUUAUUUACUCAACAAAAACACUUUGUGGUUUUCAGAAUGCAGAUAAAAAAAUGUGACUGCCUCAGUUUGGGAUGAGUAUCUAUUCAUUACUUGUUGGCUUGUUUUCCUGCGUCCUACCAACAAGUGAACAAGCUGAGAGUGAUGAAUAUUAAUGAUGUACCCUGAUAUGUGCAGUUCAUCUUCUUCUGUUCCUACUCCAUAAAGAAUCUCAGGACAGGCCUGUCUUUAAAUGGAUUGGAAUAAUUAUAUAAUACUGGUUUAUUGUGGCCAAAUAGUCCUCACAUUCAUGUUUUCUUCAAACAUCUUGCAGUCAUAAAUCCCUUUUCUGCCAUGUUAGCCUUCUGUAGACACCAUCGAGAAGGUAAAACACAGUGUUCUUUGGUCAUGUUAGUCAUUAAGAGUAAGCCAAACUAUCAUAAUACAUAAAAUAGUGUUUGGGUUCUUUUUUUGGGUGACUAUCGUAUCCUGACCUAAGAUUUAUCUCCAGAGGCCAUUACAAGCUUCAGUGUUAAACAAAUGUUUCUGUCAGAAAAAUAAAGACAUCAGAAUGACAAAUUUUCACAGAUAAGACACCAAUUACACAAAACAGCUCAAUCUUGAAAAGGAAAUACAAAAUGAUUAAUUUCUGGAGGAGACUCACCAAACACAAACCGACUUGACGUGUACACCGAUGCUGAUUAUGGGUAAUUCUUUAAUACCACUGAAUUGGUGGGUUGGCUCAACCCGUGUAUAAGUGAUCGUAACAGUGCCGGUGAUUCCUACAAUAGCUCUAGCCCCACUUGCUGCCUGUCAUGGGUUAGCAUUACAUUAGAGAGCUGAGCAUCAGCUUGUUUAAAAAAUA